AUGACUUCCAACCCGAACCCCGGAAACUUCGCCAACCGUCCUCAAGAAGAGGUUGAGAACAUCGCCAGCAAAGGCGGCCAGUCCAGUCACCAGGGCGGAUUCCGUAGCAUGGAUCCCGAUAAGCAGCGAGACAUUGCCUCCCAGGGUGGCCAAGCCUCCAGCGGAAGCUUCGAGCCUGGCGAUCCCAAGGCCAGAGAAGCUGGACGGAAGGGCGGUUCUAAGGGCUACCAGGGCGAUCAGCCAGAGGAAUAG